AUCCUCCUUUUCAUGAACAUAGAAUUUAUGAAAAGUUGAAAUAUUUUAAUUUUCAAAAUCUGACAACUCUAGUUUUAUAAAAGCUGAAGUUCAAUAUACAAUUUCUCUGUUGGAAAAAAAAUAGUGAACUUUUUCUAGUAUGACAAAAUUCAGAGAAGUUCUGGGAAAUGCAAAAGUUUUUUAUAGAAUUUAUCCAUCUGAAAAUCCAGACUGGGGGAAUUUCAGAUUUUUGGGCGAUGGAAAAACAAUUCAGUUGCACGUUAUCAAUUCAAGAAUUAACGAAGCUGCAGGAGAAAAAAUAUUCAAGCAAUUUGAAACUGAUGGUUAUUUCUAUAACGUACCCCAAGGAACUAUCUAUUCUGUUGUUAUGGAGGGAGUAAUUGAAAGUGUAUUUCAAGGACAAAAUGCAAUAAUAGCUGUAUUCGGACAAACAGGUAGUGGGAAGAGUUUGACUAUUGGUGGCUUUCACUACUUCUAUAAGGAUAGAGGGUUAAUUCCCAGAAUUAUAGAGAAUAUUUUCAGUCUGAAAGAAAAACUUCCCAAAAAUCUUGAAAUGUUGAUUCACAUAUCGUACAUAGAAGUACUUUCCUCUUUUCAAUGUCGUGACCUUUUGAAACCCUACCCAUCCCCAAUAGACAAAAUUGAUAUCCAUAAGGGUGUAUGCAAGGUGGAAGUUAACAGUGAUUUGCAAACGCUUCAAUAUGUUUACAUGGCUGAAGGAAGAAAAGAAUAUACCCCUGAUACAAAUCACCCUUCUCAUGUUGGCAGUUCCAUACUCACUUUUCAGUUUACAAUAAGAGAUUUCAAUUUCACCGAACCUCAUGAAUUCAUUUCUAAGCUGCAUAUUAUAGAUUUAGCAGGUAAUGAUAAUUUCGGAGAUAGAUCUUCAACAUUCAAGAAGUACUGGCAAGUUGGAUCUGCAAACUGCACUAAAAGUUUCAUGGAGCAUUUCAUGUUGCUUUUAUGUGGUAAUGAUCCAGUAUUAGCUCGAGUGAAAAAAAGGACCAACGUUGUCUCUCAAUACUUGGGUGAAACAUUCAAUAGAGGUAGUAUUAUAAGAUUUAUUGGUCAUUUGAAGACUUCAAAAGAUGACCACAACAUUGCAUUGUCUCUACUGAAAUUUGGACAACUAUUUAAAACAAUGGGAUCAGAAUGCACUAGAGUAGUUUUGAAAGAUAAUGUUAUGAUGAAGAUUGCCACAAUGGAGGAAAAACUGAACAAUCUGAAUAAAGAAAAAAUGAUAAUGCAAAUGCUGCAGAAUCAAGAACCCAAAAGCGUGUGCCCUCAAGAAUUUGAAUAUAUGAAAAGAAUGGUUGGAGAUUUUGUUCACAACCAAAUUGAUGGGAGCCAUCUCCUGAAAAUGGGAGAUAUUUUCACCAUAUUGAAAAUUAUGAAAGAAAACAUUAUAGCUCAUGAGGAAAACGAAAUGAUAAACAAGUCUGAUAUUGUAGAAAACGUUGAGACAAAAGUAGGAAAAUUGGAAAAUGGGAGCAGUCUGCAGGCAGCUCCAUUCAAAUCAUCUGAAAUAGGACCGAGAGCGUCAAGUAUGUCUCAACAAUUGAGUGGGAGAGAAUCUUUGAAAGGAGUAAAUAUGAAAAAAACUCCAUCUCAGAGUAGAUCAAAGAAACAAUCAAUGGAAAAUGACAAUAGGUCUAUUACUACAAAGAAGGGAAAAAUAAGUACCGGCAGUCUGAACGGCAUGAAACGUUCAUCAACUAUAGGCAAGAAAAAAGGUGGAGGUGCUGCAGAAUCCUCAGGUUCAACGGAAAAAACCUCUAAAAAGGCAGAAGCCCAACAAAAUAAUUCUUUGCUGAGCGCAAUCUAUUUGGUUCUUCCAGAGGUUAUCCCUGAGCAAAAGGAGGCACUGAAAGAAUACGUUAAUAGCCCCAAAACUAAUUAUAAAACAUUGUUAGAAACCUUCAGAAAAUAUGAUACUGAAGCAAAGGAAAUAUAUCAAAAUUACUUGAAAGAACUCAAGAAACUAGACUCAUAUUUCGAGAUACUCGAUCUCAGAAAAAACGAGGUGGUUCAAACCAAAUUGGUGACGCAGUUCUCCAGAAAACAAGAAAAAGACUCUCGGGGCAAUGUUAUAAAAUCAGAGUUGGAAGAAAGAUGCAGUGAGAACUUAAGGAAAGCCGAAAGGGAUGUCGCUAUUCAACAAGAGGUGGUUUUAAAUUUUCAAGCUGAUUUCAAAAUUGCCGUUUCGAUGACUCAUCAAAUCAAGAAUGACAUCAAAGAAGAAUUUGAAGCUUUUUGCAAAGAAAAAUAUGUUACGCCUGUUCAAAAUUUAGAGGAUCUAAGCGAAUUUGCUCUGGAAAAUGAAAUAAACAUUGAAGAAUUGAUGGAGCAAGUCGAGGAUGGUGAUGUUAAAGAAGGAUUUUCUCAGGAACAAGUGUACGAAGAAAUUUAUAAGAAUUUGAAAGAAAUCAUGUACAGUGAAGCUAGAAAGAAGGCAAAAUAUUUGAAAAAGUCAAUCAAGUGGUUAGACAACACUCGUUUCUUUGAAAAAUUAUAAAAUAUUUUUAUCAAAAUAAAAAUUUCCAUAAUUCUUUGGUUUGAGCAUCCUAUCAAGUGCAAUUUAAUCCGAACUCAAAAAACUGAGCAAUAACCACUUUGUAGUUUCUGUAAAUUGUUAUGGCAGUUGUUAUUUAAUUGAAAAAAGUUCAUACCUAUGUAGGUUCAUAGAACAUAGUAAAUUUCAAAUUUGGCGCCAUCAAACUCAACAAAAUCGCGCAGAAGGAAGUCAAAGUCAUCCAUUUUCUUUCCUACCGCACCGGCUAAAGAUAAGCACAUGUUCUCUUAGUUCGUGUGUGUUUCUAAUUGACUUAAAACACUAAAGUUCGGAGUAAGUUAAGUUUUCUCGAAUUAAUCAGUAAACAAACAUGAAUACCGACAAGUUAAAAAAUAAACCAUCUCAAGUAAGAAUUGGAGGUAAAGGUA